GGGCUGCGCGCUACUUUCAAACCUGGCGGUCCAGCCGCUCGGCCUCAACGCAGGUCCUGCUUGAGCUGCGGGCACGCGCGUGCGCCUGCUGUGUGCGUGUGCGUGUGCGUGUGUGCGCGCGCGCGCGUUGGCAGCGCCCAUGUGCACGUCUCUUCCCACCGUGUGCAUGCUCUAGCCACGUAUGUCUGCGUGUUCCCGCCCUGUGCGUGCGCUGGCAGUGCCUGCGUGUUCCCACCGUGCGUGUGUCCAGGUGCAUGCGUGUUCCUGCCACGUGCAUGCUCUAGCCGUAUGUGCACAUUGGCAGUGCCCGUGUGCCCUCGUGUUCCCGCCGUGUGCUUGCUCUAGCUGUGUGUGCAUGCACGUUCCCACCGUGUGUGUGUGUGUGUGUGUGUGUGUGUGUGUGUGUGUGCUGGCAGAGCCCACGCGUGUGCUGUAGCACUGCCGGCGGCUGCAACCCGAGACGGAGGCGAGGGAGCUCUCCAAAUUCUUUCCAGAGCUCCUGGCAACGCUUGUGGCAUGGGCUCCCCCUCCCCGUCCUGCACCAGCUGCGUGUGGGGGCAGGGGUGCUGCGCGGAGGAGGCCGGGUGUCCGCGGGCCGCCGCGCCGGGGGCUCGUGCAGGACGUGCGUGAGCCUCUGCACGGCUGUCUGCCCAGCCCCUUGGUGCGGGGUCCCGGGGCCGUGCCCAGCUGCUGUCCUGGGAUCCCCUCCGCCUGCUGUUUCUGUCCAGCGGCUCCCCCCUGCACCCCCGGCGAGCGCAGCUCUGGGCACCUGGGCAAGGACGGAGGCCUGGCGGGUCCGGAGAACUGCAGAUGGGGCUUGGGAAAGGGCAGCUGAGCCCUUGGGCCAAGGGGGAGAGGAGAGGGUGGGGUUGCAAAGCCCUCGCUACCCGCGGGCAGAGCCGUGCAGACUAGACCCGAGCGGGCAGCUGUCUGGAGACGCCCGGCGAGACACGGCAGAGCAACCGCUGCAGGGUCAUCGCAGGGCACGGGAAGGGGAUUUGGGGCAGCAGGACCUGCCGUGCAGGAGCUGGAGGAGCCGUCACAGCGGCAGUGGGGUGUUAUCGCCCGGCUGUGGGGGGCGGAUGGGCCGGGGGGUUAUAAGGACGUGGCCUGACCCUUCCCAUGAAUUCUCUGUCCCAGGCGCCUUGCCCCACGCCACAGGAUCGGGUGGAAACCCAAGCUGAGCCGGCGUCUCCCUGCCUCCCCUUGCAGAUGGCAGCUAACGACAGCUUCAGCGUGACCUACCCUGGCAACCCCCAGCCCGGGGACCUCAUCGAGAUCUUCCGGCCAGCCUACCAGCACUGGGCGCUGUACCUGGGGGACGGGUACGUCAUCAACGUGGCACCUGUAGACGAGGGGGCCGCGGCCUCGCUGGCCAGCGCCAAGUCGGUGUUCAGCCGCAAGGCGCUGGUGAAGAUGCAGCUCCUGAAGGACGUGGUGGGCAGCGACACGUACAAGAUCAACAACAAGUACGACGACGCCUACACGCCCCUGCCCGUGGAAGAGAUCAUCCGGCGCGCCGAGUUCCUCAUCGGCCAGGAGGUCUCCUACGACCUGCUGGGCAACAACUGCGAGCACUUCGUCACGCUGCUGCGCUAUGGCGAGGGUGUCUCCGAGCAGGCCAACCGAGCCAUCGGUGCCAUUGGGUUCGUAACCGCUGCUGCCGGCGCGUUCUCCUUGCUGGGCUUCUUUCAGAACAAGUCCCGAGAGCGGCACUGUUAGUCGCGUGCCCAGGUGCACGUCCGGCACCGACGCUGGAAUCCAGCCUGCACGGGGCAGCUGGCGGAUGAAGCUGCAGCGGACACAGACCGUCGUACACCAGGACGCCCGGCUGGAGCGUGCAUCGGGUCGAUCUGGGCGCGAUGGUGUGCCUGUGCAUUGCAGUGCACUAACGAGCAACGGCUUCACCCUGACGGGCACGGCUUUGCCGGGCACUGGCGCGCUGAACUGGGAAAGGCGCCUGCUGUGCGCUGGCUGCUGACGGGGCUUGUCCAGACUCUGCUUUCCUGGGGCUUUUCAGUGAAUAGCUUUGGUUUUUUUACUUGUUUGGAAAACCAUUUUUACACAUUUUUAGAGGAAUAUUUUUGAACUGUGAUAACCUUCCCCUCCAUUGCCCGACGGACUCUACGCACGGCCGGUCACGCUGGCUUGCAGCUGUCCUCGUGUAGGUGCUCGGGACACGUGCUGCACCUCGGAGCUGCCGCCGUGUCGAGCCCGGAGCUGCGUGACACGGGAAGGAGGACCGAGUCCCGACUCUAGCGGUCCCUCCUAUGUUUGACUUGCUCCAAGAAACGGAUUUCCUCCCUCCUGCCUGUGCAGCGGUUUCUUUGCGCUGCUCCGUGGAGCUGUCAGAAGCGGGACUCAUCCUCAGACCGGCUGGGGGAGAUGGAGCCGGAGAGCCACCCCCAUCAAGGAGCACACGGCUUCUCCUGGGCAGAGCCUUACUCAGAAUUUGCAGGACUUUGCCACGGGUUCAGUUAAAGCUGGAGAGGAACCAGCUAUAAAGUUGUUACGCAUUUUCAAGCGUACAGGCAGGCUGGAAUCGGGAGCGUCCAUCGUCUGUGAUUUCAGCGUCCGAAUGCCGAGUGCGGGGCCCCUGGCUGCGUCUCGUAGCGCAGCCGCGUCUGCUGUUCUGCUUUCCUGUUGAACUAAAGCUGAUUUUUAAAUACAAUGGAAAACAACA